AUGUCAUCGUCUGGUGAAAAGACAGAGAAAAUCGCUCCAAUAGUGGACGCGUCAACUCUAGAUCCAGUGGCUCAUAUUGAAGUUAAACAAGGUCCAGUUAGAUCAUAUUUAGUAUCAGAACCUCCAAGUGAUUUACCAGCACGUCGUUCAGUAUCUACUUUAAGUGAGAGACUUUAUAUUAUAGUUUUAAUUGCAUUUACAGCUUUUAUUAGAUUAUAUGGUUUAGAAUGGCCAAAUAGUGUUGUCUUUGAUGAAGUACAUUUUGGUGGAUUUGCAUCAGAAUAUAUCAAUGGAAGUUUUUUUAUGGAUGUUCAUCCACCAUUAGCUAAAAUGCUUUAUGCCGGUGUUGCAUCCUUAGCUGGAUUUAAAGGUGAUUUUGAUUUUGAAAAUAUUGGUGAUGAAUUUCCUUCAACAACUCCAUAUUUUCAUAUGAGAUUAUUUUCUGGUUCAUUAGGGGUAUUUACCGUAAUUAUGUUAUAUUUUACACUUAGAUCCUCUGGUGUUCGUCAAUUUGUUGCAUUUGUUAGUGCUUUAUGUUUUGCCAUUGAAAAUUCAUAUGUAACAAUUUCAAGAUAUAUCUUAUUAGAUGCACCAUUAAUCUUUUUCAUUGCCGCUGCAGUUUAUAGUUUUAAAAAAUAUGAAUUAUUUCCUCAAGGAACAAUCAAAUCUUAUAAAACUUUAUUAGCUACUGGAAUUGCUUUAGGUUUUGCUGCAUCUGCUAAAUGGGUUGGGUUAUUUACUAUCGCUUGGAUUGGUUUACUAUGUAUUUGGAGACUUUGGUUUAUGUUAGGUGAUUUAUCUAAACCUGUAUCUUCUACUCUAUCUGCAGCAAUCUCAAAAUUAAUCUUUUUACUUGGUGUGCCAUUUGUCUUAUAUGCAUUUUUCUUUAAGAUUCAUUUUGAUACUUUAAUUUAUGAUGGUCCAGGCGCAUCAUUUUUUUCAUCUGAAUUUAGAUCCACUUUAAAUGGGAAUACUAUUCCAACUGAUAUUUUUGCAGAUGUUGGUAUUUCAUCAAUUGUUUCCUUACGUCACGUUGGAACAUCUGGUGGUUAUUUACAUUCUCAUCCAUUCCGUUAUGAAACAGGUUCUGGUCAACAACAAAUUACUUUAUAUCCUCAUAUCGAUGAAAAUAAUCAAUGGCUAAUUGAAUUGAGUAGUAAUCCAGGUGUAACAUUCCCAGAUUUUCAAAAUCUAACAGAUGGUUCAAUUAUUAGAUUAUUACAUCCAUCAACUCAUUGCAGAUUACAUUCUCAUGACCAUAAAGCUCCAGUAUCAGAAAAUGCAGAUUGGCAAACUGAAGUAUCUUGUUAUGGUUUUACUGGAUUUGAAGGUGAUAGUAAUGAUAAUUGGGUUUUAGAAAUUGAUCAAAAAAGAUCUACACCUGGUGUUGCUCAAGAACGUGUUAUUGCCCUUGAGACAAAAUUUAGAUUAAAACAUAUGAUUUCAAAUUGUUAUUUAUUCUCUCAUGAUGUUAAAUUACCUAAAUGGGGGUUCGAUCAACAAGAAGUAAGUUGUGCUACUACAGGUAGAUACGAUUUAACUCUUUGGUAUAUUGAAGCUAAUGAAAAUCAUGAAUUAUCAGAAGACGCUAGACAUGUCUCCUAUGUGAAACCUGGAUUUUGGGGUAAAUUUAUCGAAUCACACAUUAAGAUGUGGACUGUAAAUAAGAACUUAGUCGAGACUCACAUCUAUGAAUCUUUACCACAGGACUGGCCUCUAUUAUUACGUGGUAUCAGUUAUUGGGGUGAUCACCAUAGAAUGGUUUAUUUAUUAGGUAAUGCUAUUGAAUGGUGGGCUGUAUCUGCAUUCAUGUUACUGUUUGUGAUUGUUUGUAUCAUCGAAUUAAUUGCUUGGCAAUUAGGUAAACCAAUCCUACAAGAUGACCACGUAUUUAAUUUCCAUGUUCAAGUCGCUCAAUAUAUUUUGGGGUUCCUUGUUCAUGUUGGUCCAUCUUUCUUAAUGAAACGUCAAAUGUUUUUACAUCAUUAUUUACCUGCUUAUUAUUUCGGUAUUCUAGCAUUUGGUCAUGCACUUGAUAUAAUUGUUUCCUUCAUGUUUAGAAAUAAGAAAAUUGUUGGUAAUUUAUUAAUAAUAACAUUUUUCGGAAGUUGUUUAUUCUUCUUUAAUGCUUAUAAACCAUUGAUUUAUGGUUUACCAUGGACAGUUUCACUAUGUGAAAAAUCUCAAUGGCUAUCUGGUUGGGAUUAUCAUUGUGGAUCAUAUUUUAAAACUUAUGAAGAAUAUUCAAAUUACACUAUUAGAAGUCAAUUCGAUAUAUUAGAAGAUACAGAUAUGCCAGUGGUUACCUCAUCGGAACCAUUAGAAAUCGAUGAACCUGUGUUUAUUGAGGAAGUCAUUGAAGAUAUCCCACUAGAGACAACGCAAGAAGAUUUUGUUGUUGAAGAAGCUAGUGAAAAAUCCACAGCUAGUAAUAUUGAUGCUCCAGAGAAAGAAGAAUCGGUGAAUGAUAUCAUCAAUAAAGAAGGUUUUAGUAGAUUCUUGGACGAAAAUGGUAAUGAAAUUGAUAUUGAAGAAGUCAAGAGGAUUAUGGAAGCUCAAGGUGGUGCUCUCAAGAUUGAACAGAAAAUUGUCGAGGUGUAG